CGUCCCUGACUCGACCCAUCUUCCCCAUCCCCCCUCUUUAAUAUUCUAGUAGAGGUCCAGUCCACACGCUCCCAGAGCAGACUGCCAUUCACGAUCGUUGAAUCCUCACAUACCCGCACCCCUACAGUAGGGGCCUCACCCCAGCCGCCGGUCCUUGCCCACGUGGUCAAGACUGUCCUCUCUCGUCCCCUUAAUAUCCGAUAAUACCCAUUUUUCAGUUUUGUGACGAUUAGCUACGACAAGAUGAACGCCCUCAUCUUUGGAGAUCAGACGGCCGACCAGUACCCGCUUUUGCGGAAGGUCUCUCUACGGAAGGACAAUGCACUUCUCGCCACUUUUUUGGAGCGCGUUAGUGUAGUCCUCCGGGAUGAAAUCGAGAAACUUCCCAGAGUCCAACGAGCAGAGAUUCCGGAUUUCCUCCGAGUGUCGGAUCUCGUCGAAGCCUACUUUGCGAAGGGGCUCAGAAUCCCACAACUGGAGAGCUGCAUGGUGACACUAGCACAGCUUGCGCACUACAUCGGGUACUACGGCGAGAACCCAACCGAAAUACCAGCACCCUCGAACGCGCGGAUUCUUGGAUUGUGCACCGGUCUUCUCGCGGGUGCCGCAGUGGCUUCAUCAAAGAGCCCUGCGGAUUUAUUACCACUCGCAGUCGAGGUCGUUCGAGUUGCUUUCCGAGCGGGGACAUGCGUUGGAGUAGCCAAGGAUGCCCUAGACGCUACCUCGCCCGAGCCAUGGUCCACCAUUGUCACAAACAUUUCCGAACAAUCGGCUAGAGUAGCUCUUGCCGAGUUCCAUCAGACGACUGGCAUUCCGCUGUCCAAUCAGGCCUACGUCAGCGCUGUGAGCGUGAUGGCCCUCACGAUCAGCGGACCUCCCUCCACGACAAAGCGGCUUUUCAAGGAAUCCGAAUCGUUUAGCAAGAAUCACCGUGUUCCAAUCCCUGUCUACGCUCCCUAUCACGCGCAGCACCUUUACAACGACUCCGACAUCGCACGGAUCAUAGACUCGAAGACACGAGAAUUCCUCAAGGAGUACCGCCCAUAUAGCUUAGUCCACUCCGCGUCUUCGGGGAAAUGCCAUACCGCCACCAGCACCCUCGAGCUUGUCGAGCUCGCGCUGAAGGAGAUGCUGAUGCAGCCAGUAAGGUGGGACAGCCUUCUGGAGGAGACUGUAUCGCAGAUCACCUCGGUCAGCAACGCCGAAUGCUCAGUUUCCGCAAUCGGCGUUACCAACAUUGCCAACAGCUUGGUCUCAGCACUCAAGGCUGGCGGGCAGUCCAACAUCUCUGUUCGUGAUCAUACGUCGUGGGCAUUGAAGGCAGAAGAUGCCGCAGGCCGAACCCAAAAUGACAAGAUUGCCAUCGUUGGUAUGUCUGGCCGCUUCCCCGGUGCUGCUAGUCACGAGAAGCUCUGGGAGCUCCUCGAGCAGGGCCUAGAUGUGCACAGAGAGGUUCCGGCCGACCGAUUCGACGCGAAAGCCCAUUGUGACCCGUCGGGCAAAGGAAAGAACAAAAGCCACACGCCUUAUGGGUGCUUCAUCGAUGAGCCUGGCCUUUUCGACCCCCGAUUCUUCAACAUGUCUCCCCGCGAGGCUGCGCAGACAGAUCCCAUGGGUCGAUUGGCACUGACGACUGCUUACGAGGCGCUCGAAAUGUCUGGCUACGUUCCAAACCGCACCCCAUCGACGAAGCUACACCGAAUUGGUACUUUCUACGGCCAAACCUCCGACGAUUGGCGUGAAAUUAAUGCGGCCCAAAAUGUCGACACAUACUUCAUUACUGGAGGUGUGCGUGCGUUCGCCCCAGGACGCAUCAAUUAUUACUUUAAGUUCUCUGGCCCCUCGUACAGCAUUGACACCGCCUGUUCGUCGUCUCUCGCCGCUAUCCAGCUUGCCUGCACUUCCCUGUGGGCUGGCGAUUGCGACACUGCCUGCGCCGGUGGCUUGAACGUGCUCACCAACCCGGACAUUUUCGCUGGUCUCAGCAAAGGCCAGUUUUUGUCCAAGACUGGUGGCUGCAAGACAUACGACAACGACGCCGAUGGUUACUGCCGAGGUGACGGAUGUGGUACGGUCAUCCUUAAGCGAUAUGAGGAUGCCAUCGCCGACAACGACAACAUUCUGGGAUGCAUCUUGGGUGCCGCCACUAACCAUUCCGCUGAAGCGGUCUCAAUAACCCACCCUCACGCUGGCGCCCAAGAGUUCCUCUACAAGCGCGUUCUUGCCAACGCCGGUGUGGACGCUCACAGUAUCGGUUACGUCGAGAUGCACGGCACUGGUACGCAGGCUGGCGAUGGUAUCGAAAUGACUUCGGUCACCAACGUCUUCGCUCCUCGCCAUCGCCAACGUCGCCCUGAGGAAACUCUUCACCUAGGCGCUAUCAAGGCGAACAUCGGUCACGGCGAAGCUGCUUCCGGUAUCAAUUCACUUAUCAAGGUCAUGAUGAUGAUGAAGAAGAACGCCAUCCCUGCCAAUGUCGGUAUCAAGGGCGUCAUGAACAAAACGUUCCCCAAGGACCUGGGACAGCGGAAUGUGCACAUCUCGACGUCUCAGGUUGCGUUCCCUCGCAAGGGUGCUGAGAAGCGCAGGAUAUUCCUCAACAACUUCAGCGCCGCUGGUGGUAACACAGCGAUCAUCCUCGAGGAUGGCCCCAUCCGCGAGGUUCCUGCCGCCGCAGACCCUAGAUCGGCGCACAUCGUGACUGUUUCAGCGAGGUCCAUCGCUUCCUUGAAGGCGAACAUCCAGAACCUCAUCGCCUAUCUCCACGAGAACCCGGACACCACGCUUCCCAGCUUGUCAUACACCACCACCGCUCGGCGCAUUCAGCAUAACUACCGCGUUGCUUUCCCUAUCUCGGAAAUCACCAAGGUGAAGGAUGCUCUCCAGGCCCAGCUGAAAGAUUCCUACAGCCCUAUUGCUAUGGUUCCCACUAAAACUGCUUUCACCUUCACUGGACAAGGCUCUCAGUACACCGCGUUGGGCCAGAAGCUGUAUGAGCAACUGAGCUCUUUCAAGACUGAUAUCGAGCAACUGGACAACAUUGCUCGCAUGCAGGGCUUCCCGUCAUUUAUCCCUCUUCUCGAUGGGACCGAUGUGACGACACUAUCUCCUGUCGUCGUGCAACUCGGCAUGGCCUGCAUUCAGGUUGCCCUUGCUCGUAUGUGGUCCGCAUGGGGACUGAAGCCUGUCGCCGUCAUUGGCCACAGCCUGGGAGAAUAUGCCGCACUCCAUGUUGCUGGUGUCAUUUCCGCUAGCGACAUGAUUCUUCUGGUUGGACGUCGGGCCGAGCUAUUGGAGGCAGACUGCACCGCCUACACCCAUGGCAUGCUGGCUGUUAAGGGAGGUGUAGAAGCAGUCUCCGCCGCUCUCGGAUCGAAUAUGACCGAGAUUGCUUGCGUGAACGGCCCCGAGGAAACUGUUCUCUGCGGCACCAGCGAUCUCAUGGAUUCGACGAGCAACGCCCUAGCCUCUAAGGGAUUCAAGGCCACCAAGCUCAAUGUGCCUUUCGCCUUCCACUCUGCGCAGGUUGACCCUAUCCUGGAGUCUUUCAAGGCCGUUGCGUCUUCGGUUACGUUCAACAAGCCGACUGUUCCAGUGCUCUCGCCUCUCACUGGCCAGGUCAUUCGUGAAGCUGGCAUCAUUGGACCUGAUUACCUUGCACGCCAUGCACGCGAGACGGUCAACUUCUGGACUGCUCUGUCCACGGGCAAGGACGAGAAGGUCUUUGAUGAGAAGACUGCUUGGCUGGAGAUUGGCGCUCACCCUGUUUGUAGCGGAAUGGUAAAGGCAUCUCUUGGGGGUGCUCCUGUCACGGCUCCUUCCCUCCGCCGUAGCGAAGACCCAUGGAAGACCAUCGCCUCCAGCCUUUGCAGCUUGUUCCUUGCAGGCGUUGCUAUCGACUUCAAUGAGUACCACCGCGAGUUCAACAAAGCACACGAGUUGCUCACGCUCCCAACUUACUCCUUCGACAGCAAGAGAUACUGGCUCGACUACACCAACAACUGGACCCUCACAAAGGGCGAGGCACCAAAGGUCGCAGCUAUCAUGGAGCCUGAGCCUGUAGUCGAAGUUGUCUCCAAGCUCUCCACUACAUCGUGCCAGAAAAUUGUGCGCGAGGAUCUCCAGGCGAACUCUGGCACUAUCGUCAUCCAGACUGACCUCACGGAGCCCAAGCUUUACAAAGUCGUGACUGGGCACAUGGUUAACGGUGCGCCUCUUUGCCCGUCGACCUUGUAUGCGGAUAUGGCCUUGACUGCCGCCGACUAUCUCUGGAGGCAAUUGCGACCUAACGUUCCCACCCCGGGUCUCAACGUUUGCAAGGUUGAAGUGCCGAAGACACUCAUCGCUAUCAUGCCGCCACCUCCAGAAGGACAGCACAUUCAGCUUGAGGCAACCGCUGACCUCGAACUCGGUACUGUGGACCUCAAGUUCCGAAGUGUUACUCCUGCUGGUAAAGUCACUGUCGAGCAUGCUUUCGGCACUGUCAAGUACGAGGAUGUCGAAGUGUGGAAAGAGGAAUGGAAUCGCACUCAGUACAUGGUUCAGACCCAGAUCGACCUUUUGAAGGGCAAGCUCCAGUCGGGAGCUGCACACAAGGUCCUUCGCGGCAUGGCCUACAAGCUGUUCAAGGCGUUGGUCACGUAUGAUGAUAAGUUCCGCGGCAUGGAAGAAGUCAUCCUGGACGGCAAACAAACCGAAGCGACAGCAUCUAUCAAAUUCCAAAGCACUCCAGCCGACGGUGACUUCUACUGUUCCCCCCACUGGAUUGACUCCCUCUGCCAUAUCUCUGGAUUCAUUGUCAACGCUUCGGACAUGGUUGAUUCCGACACCUCGGUCUACAUUUCCCACGGCUGGGGUAACUUGAAAAUCUCCAAGCAGCUCUCUGCGGAAAGCAACUAUCGCUCCUACGUGCGAAUGCAGCCUCAACCUGGAAACCUCAUGGUCGGCGACGUCUACUUCCUAGAGGGCGAGGAGGUCAUUGGUGUCUGCAUAGGUCUGAAGUUCCAGGAAAUCCCCCGCCGUGUCCUUAACAUCAUGAUGCCUCCGGUCGGCGCUAAGAACGCUGCUAAGGGAGCUGCUCCAGCCAAGGCGAUCCAGCCCAAGGCUGCUCCUGCCUCAAAGCCUUUGCUCGCCGCUCCUAUUAAAGCUUCUAAGCCUGUGAAGGCUACGAAGUCUGCUAAGGUUGCGAAGGCUCGCGCUACGAAGCCUGCUGGUGACUCUAUCACUUUUCGCGUCAUGAAGAUCAUAGCAGAGGAGACCGAUAUGGCCAUGUCGGAGCUCGUUGAUGAAGCCGCGUUCGAGAAUUUAGGUGUUGAUUCUCUUCUGUCUUUGACCAUCUCUGCCAAGUUCCGCGAGGAUCUCGACCUGGAGAUUAGCUCUACCCUCUUUACGGAUUAUCCAACCAUUGGCGAAAUGAAGAAGUUUUUCUCUCAGUACGACGGAGGAGCUCCCCUCGUCGAGGACGAAGAUUCUGAUUCCUCAGACGAGCCAUCAGACCUCGUAACGCCUUUCGAGGAAGCAUCGGCAAGCACCCCACCUAGCUCUGCUCCAAGCUCCGCCCCAAGCAUCUCCGGUAAAGAGACCUCUGUGCAGAUUAACAUAAGCGAACCCACCGGCGCCCCCAGCCUGGCAAGACGGAUUGUGGCAGAAGAGAUGGGCGUCGACAUUUCUGAGAUCACGGACCAGGCUGACCUUUCUGAAAUGGGAAUGGAUUCGCUCAUGAGUCUGACCAUUCUUAGCUCUCUUCGGGAGCAGACCGGCAUUGACUUACCCUCUACUUUCCUGGUCACGAACGCGUGCAUCGAAGAUGUUGAAAACGAACUUGGCAUGCGCCCCAAGCCAGUCGCUAAGGUUGAGGUCGAGACCAAGGUUCAAGCCAAGCCUACCCCAAAGCCGAAACCCCCACAGCUCGCUGAAGUCAACCGCAAGCUAGAGAAAUCUCAAGAUCUCUCUAAGCUUCCCCCAGCGACCUCUGUUCUUCUCCAGGGCAAUGCUAAGAUUGCUAGCAAGAAAUUUUUCUUAAUUCCAGACGGAUCUGGUAGCGCGACUUCAUACAUCUCUAUCCCCAACAUUUCCCCGGAUAUGGCAGUCUAUGGAUUAAACUGUCCGUUCAUGAAGAACCCCACCGACUUUACGUGCGGUGUUCGAGGUGUCUCCCGCCUCUAUCUCAACGAGAUCAAGCGUCGACAGCCUCAGGGUCCUUACAUCAUUGGUGGAUGGAGUGCUGGAGGUGUGAUGGCCUACGAAGUCACUUUGCAGCUUAUCGAGUCGGGUGAGAAGGUGGAGAGCCUCGUCUUGAUCGAUUCACCCUGUCCCGUUAGACUCGAUCCUCUACCGGCCCGUCUCCAUGUCUUCUUCGAUCAGAUCGGUCUUCUCGGUACUGGCAAGCCGGGUGGAACUCCUAGCUGGCUUCUUCCUCACUUCACGGCUUCUAUCAAUGCCCUGAAGGAGUAUGAGCCCGAACCAAUGCUCAACUCAAAGGCUCCCAAAGUCUUCGCCAUUUGGUGCACAGACGGUGUAUGCCCGAACCCGGAUGACCCUCGCCCUCCUCCGGCCGAGGAAGAAGAUCCUGCUCCCAUGAAGUGGCUUCUUAACAACCGAACUGACUUCUCGGACAAUGGCUGGGCACAGCUGCUGCCUAAGGAGAACUUCGAGUUUGCCGUCAUGGGUGGCAACCACUUCACUAUGAUGAAAGAUGCUCAUGGUGUUACUCUUGGCAAGUUAAUCAAGCAAGGCCUUCAUCUAUAAAUUGAGAGUUCGAUUGAGAUUGCGUUUCUUAAAGUUCCUUGUUAUAUCAUUGCUGGUCUCUUGGGGACAGGCGGACAGGCGUUGUGAAUUUGGCUGAUGAUGCAUUAAAGAUUUCACAUUGGUCAUGGUUUUGGGGCGUCUCAUCAUUUCUCAUGUUGUUCUUCAGCCUUGGGGAACUUGGCGUUUCAUAUUGACGGAUCUAAGGAUCUUAGAUGGUAUACUUUUCAUGUCUGGUCGUUUCAUGUCUGCGCGCGUUUGAUUUAUCCAAGAUUGUCACUCAUGACAUUUUCCUUUUGCUUCCUCGAAGAGAUUAAUAGCACCUCACGUAAUGUAUAUACUGGCGGUCGGAUCCAUUAUUUCAAAAACUUACUUCGUUUCACCACUACUGUC